AGGGAUACACUCCUCUACACAUCGCCAUGCAGUUUCGUCAUGAAAAUCUCUUCAGACUGUUAGUCGAAGCUUACGAUGCGGAUCCAAACGCUAGAGACUGGUCUGGCCGGAAGCCAAGGCAAUAUCUAGUCAACAUUGACACCUCCAUGUCCCCAGGCUCUUACAGAAAGGCGAAUACGUUCGAUUUGAAACAGACUGUCACCUCUCCACCGGUUAUAAGAAUAACCCCUCAUCCAACAGUUCAUGCGAUGUCAAAAAAAGAGGGUUUCCUCCGGAUCGGGUCGUUAAACGUCCGCGUGAAGAAGACGACGGAGGCUUUCAGCAACUUCCUGGGCGUGGGCGCGACGCGCUCGUCCGCGUACAUGCCCAAGUCGGCCAGGGACAGGCCGCUGGAGCGCAACUCUGACGACGCCACGCAUAAGAGCUGGGGCUCGGCGGACAACCUGCAGAAGGAUGACAAGCUGAUGCCUCCUCCUACGAACAGUGGCAAGGUGAGACGGCGAGGUGCCACGGGGCGUCGAGGCCUGGGCUCCCACAGCCGGAGCACGCCCACUACUCCUGACCAGCCGCGAGCACGCAUCGGCAGCAGCGAGACCGGCGACUCGGACUCCGACUCGGCCGCCGGUUUCCACUCUGCCUGGCGUCAACAGCGCGCCUCCAACUGCACGUAGCAUAUCGGCAUAUCGGAACCCAAGCGAUCAUUACUUUAAGUAACGAAAUCCUUAAGCUACGGUCUGGUUAGCUUUUUAAGACGAAAGCGGAGGACCCGCGCGAAAGCGCCUUUUCAUACAAACGUAGUCCGCAUUUUCCUCUCUGGUUAUUAACAUGAUUGAAAAUAUUUUGACACAUUUUGUUGUAUACAUGUUGUAAAAAUAUUUUCCAUAAGGUCAAUAUCCAGAGAGGAAAAUGGAGUAACAGUCGUCCCCUUUCCUCUUAACAUACACGGUGAACAGUCUCGUGUAAACUUUUUGCAAGAAUUUACUAGGUAGUUAUAUCUGUUACUU